GACGCUACUAAAGCAAGUUUAUCCCACUUUUGCGUCGCCAAAACUUAAGUGAGAGAAAAGAAGUCAAAUGCCUGACGAUAUCGUCUUUUAAACAUAGAACAGAAAAUCACAUUCCGCAUUUGCCCAGUCUCCACCAAGUUAGCCUGUGCAUACGUUUUCAACAGCGUAUUCUCAACAUCGGGAUAAUUCCGUGCUGCUUAAGUUAAAGAUAAAUUACUGAAUCAGAACUCAGGAUGGGAUGGGGGACAGACCUUUGGGACCAGUACGACGUGCUGGACAAACACACGCAGUCGGGCCUGGACCUGGUGGAUCGCUACGUCAAGUUUGUGAAGGAGCGGACUGAGAUCGAGCAGAACUAUGCCAAACAGCUGAGAAACCUGAGUAAGAAGUACACUCCCAAACGUGGCAGCAAGGAAGAGCAGGAGUGCCGGUUCACCAAUCAGCAGGCCUUUGUGGACAUCCUGAACGAGAUGAACGAUUACGCCGGCCAGAGAGAGAUCAUCGCAGAGAACAUGAUGCUCUCCAUCUGUCUGGAGCUGACCAAGUACCUGCAGGAGGUCAAACAGGAGCGCAAAAGUUGCCUGUCUGAUGCAAAGAAGGCCCAGCAGACUCUGGAGAGCAGCUACAAGCAGCUGGAUAAUAUUAAGAAACGCUUUGAGCGGGAGUGGCGUGAAGCUGAGAAAGCCAAUCAAAACGCAGAGAAGGUGGACCAGGACUCCACCGCUACUAAAGCUGAUGUCGAGAAGGCCAAAGUUCAUGCGCACUCGCGCACACACACGGCAGAGGAGAGCAGGAAUGACUACGCAGCUCUGCUGCAGAAAUACAACAAGGAGCAGAACCAGUUCUACUUCACCGAGAUCCCGCAGAUCUACAGCAAACUGCAGGAGGUGGAGGAGCGAAGGGUGAGGAAGCUGGCGGAGGGGUACACUUUGUUUGCGGAAAUGGAGAAGCGUGUCAUGCCCAUCAUCGGGAAGUGCCUGGAGGGCAUCGCCAAAGCAGGAAACAACUCCAACACCAACGCAGAGAGAGACUCCAUGCUCCUCGUUGAGCAGCACAAGUCCGGGUUCGAGAGGCCGGGGGACCUGGAGUUCGAGGACUACAGCCACGGCAUGAACAGGGCCUCGUCAGAGAGCAGCCUGGGGACCCCCAAGGGCCCGCUGGACCUGCUGGGCAAGAACAAGAAACUGUGGCCCUUCAGCAAGAAGAAGCUCCCCCCACCCCCACUCACCCCCGACCCCUCGCCGGCUAACGGACUCCCCGGCCCCAAAUUCAGCCGGGACCCCCUGUCGUACUGUCUGAAGGAGAUCAAUAGGACGGUCAAACCACGAAUAUCCUCCUUCAGGACGCUGAGGAGAACGCCCGCAGCCUCAGAGGACUUUGGCCACCUGCCCCCGGAGCAGCGCAGGAAGAAGCUGCAGCAGAAGAUGGACGACAUCGGCAAGGAGCUGCAGAAGGAGGUGGACCAGAGUCAGGCGCUGGAGAAGAUGAAGGAUGUGUAUGAGAAGAACUCUCAGUUGGGAGAUCCCAGCAGCCUGGAGCCUCAGAUCUCCCAGACGGCUCUCAACGUGCAGAGACUACAGGGAGAGAUGCAGAAAUAUGAGUCUUGGCUAAUAGACGCGGGAGGUCAAGCUCUAUCUCGACAUGGCUCCACCAACAACAACACCCACGACAAAUCCGGCUCAGAGAGUUCUCACGAGAACAACCCCCAGGCCAUAUACACCGAAUUUGAUGAUGACUUUGAUGAUGAAGAGGAAAUCUUUGCCCCCAUUGGCCAGUGUACAGCGCUCUACAACUUUGAGGGUUCGAGCGAGGGCACGAUCCCCAUGCGGACGGGCGAGGUCUUCGCAGUGGUGGAGGAGGAUAAGGGCGACGGGUGGACCCGGGUGCAGAGUGCCAGCGGAGACGAGGGCUACAUCCCCACCUCCUACGUCAAGAUCUCCCCGGGAAUGUAACAGCGCCUCCCGCUGGACCUGAGCCUCACUCCUGCCCUCCUGGCCUGGGACUGUGGGUGUGGGGGUGUGUGUGUGUGGGG